GAACAAUCGACGGCCUCUUCAUUUCAGCGAGAACGGUGCGACCAAGCCCGAAGAUCCUAUCCUAGAAGAAGCUGCUCGGCGAGCUCGUUGGAGAGAUAAAGAGGGUAUCGGAAAGGGCAGAUUUCGAUCCGGAGCUGGCUAUGAGAGUAGUCAACAUGCUCGAUGGCAAAAUCGCAGGGAACGGUGGUGCUAGUUACGACAUGCAGAAUCCCAUUAAGGUCAGCGGUAAAAGGAGGCCCAGGGAGAAGCGAAUCGAGAGUAGCAAUGAGCUGAACAAGAGGAAAAGGCAGAGCAAGGUGAAGGCUGGAGUCAAGAAAGAGGAAGACCUCAAGAAAUCCCAAGACAGUAGGGGUUCGCAAUGAAAGAAGG